CCAGGGCCUCGGCGCAGUCGCGCCUGGAGAGCCUGUACCGCGAGCACGGGCACGGCACGCCCGCCUCCAGCAGCGCCGCCUCCACGCCGGCGCGCGGGUCCCGGCCGCCCCGCCCGCGCAGCGGCUCCGGCCCGCGCGGGCGCCCCGGCGCCCCGCGGGCCGCCGGCAGGAGAAGCCCGCGAAGUUGUCGGCGGAGGCUGAGCGGCGCGCCCGCAUCGCGCAGAUGCAGCAGAUGUACGGCCUCGGCGCGGCCCAGGAGGAGGAGGCCCCCCCGCCGCCUGGGCAGCAGGCCGCGCCGCGGGCGUCCUCGGCCGCCGCGGCGGCGUGGGCGGACCGGCCGCCGCCGCUGCCGGCGCCCGCGUGGGCGCGGCCGGUCCCCGAGGCGGCCGCGGAUACGCAGGUGGGGCCUCUAGGGGCGCCCGCCGGGGCGCCGCCCGCGGGGGCGCGGCCGGCGGGGGCGGAGCCGCCUGGGGAGGACCUGGCUGGCGCUGGGGACACGCAUGACCUCAUCGCAUGGAGCCGCAUGCUGAGGCCCGGCGAGGUGUCGCCAGACGCGUCCCUCGCUGCCUUCUUCGAGGACUGAGCAGCCCUGAGGGGCCUCCUUCUGCUUUCCCCUUCUGUUUUUUUUCAGCUGCUGUGGGACUGAGCGCGGCUGUCUGGUCGCGGCGCGGACGUCGCAUGCUGGCCAGGCCUUGCACUGUAAGCUGAACCCUCCUCCUAGUCGUCUUCCUUUCUCCUCCUCUCCCUCUUCUUUUUGGGUUUGCACUGGUCUUCCUCCUCCUCCUUCUCCUGCUCCUCGCGCCGUGGUCAGCCCCCCUCUUCCUCCUACUCCCCGCAAUCGCUCCUCUUGCUUUAGGGAUGUGAGUGGGGCGGCAGAUGGUGCAUGAUGAGCUCUGCGAUCAGGAUUAUGUAAUGCGAAAGCAC